AUGUGGAAGCUGAAGAUUGGUGAAGGAGGGCCAUGGUUGAUAACCGGAAAUAACCACGUCGGUAGACAACACUGGGAAUAUGAUACCGACGCCGGAACACCGGAAGAACACGCCCAAGUCGAGCACUUUCGUGAAGAGUUCAAGAAAAACCGGUUUCGCCAAAAACAAAGUGCCGAUCUUUUAAUGAGAAUGCAGAUGAAAAGGGAAAAUCUGCGGGAGCCAAUUCCACCGCCAGUGAAGGUGAAGGAAAGUGAGGAAAUAACAGAGGAUGCAGUGACAAACACACUAAGAAGAGCUCUCAAAUACUUUUGCUCUAUUCAGGCUCACGAUGGCCAUUGGCCAGCUGAAUGUGCUGGCGGAUUGUUUCUCCUCCCACCUCUGGUAAUAACACUAUACGUUACUGGAGCAAUCAAUGCAGUUUUUGGACCUGAACAUCGGAAGGAAAUAAUUCGCUAUAUUUACAAUCACCAGAAUGAAGAUGGAGGUUGGGGACUACACAUAGAGGGUCCUAGCACAAUGCUGGGUUCCGCGGAGAACUAUAUAGCCUUGAGGUUGCUGGGAGAGGGCCCUGAAGAUGGUGAGGAUGGAGCUGUAGCUAGGGGCAGAAAAUGGAUUCUUGACCACGGCGGUGUAGUCGGAAUUCCGUCAUGGGGAAAGUUUUGGCUAACGGUGCUUGGUGUGUACGAGUGGUCGGGUUGCAAUCCACUGCCUCCAGAGCUUUGGCUUUUUCCAAAAACGUUUUUUAUUCAUCCAGGGAAAAUGAUAGCAUUAGCUCGUUUGGUUUACUUGCCAAUGUCAUACUUAUAUGGGAAGAGAUUUGUUGGUCCGGUCACCAAUUUGGUUCAAUCACUGAGGCAGGAACUCUAUACUGAGCCAUAUAAAGAAAUAAACUGGAAUAAAGCUCGAAACACUAUUGCCAAGGAGGAUCUCUUUUAUCCGCAUCCUUGGGUGCAAGAUGUUCUUUGGGGCUUUCUUUACCACGUUACCGAACCAAUUCUGGCAUGUUGGCCUUUUUCCAAGUUAAGAGAGAAAGCACUUGAUGUUGUUAUUGAGAGUGUACAUUACGAGGAUACACUUAGCAGAUAUCUUUGUGUUGCCAGUCAAGAAAAGGUGUUAAGUUUGCUUGCUUGUUGGGUAGAAGAUCCAAAUUCACAAGCAUACAAGUAUCACCUAGCUAGAAUCCCAGAUUAUUUUUGGGUUGCUGAAGAUGGAGCCAAAUAUCUGGGUAACGGUUCUCAAACAUGGGAUGUAGCUCUUGCAGUUCAAGCAAUUAUCUCUUGCAAUUUAAACGAAGAGUAUGGUAUGGUACUGAGAAAAGCUCAUGAGUUUUUGAAGGCUUCACAGCUUCGUGAAGAUCCACCAGGAGAUUUCACUACAAUGCAUAGACAUAUAUCUAAAGGUGCGUGGACCUUUUACUUUGCUGACCACAAUUUUGCAGUUUCGGAUUGCACUGCAGAAGGACUAAAGGUAACAUUUAUGCUUAUAAAAUAUAUCUCUACUAAUUUAUUUCUCGUACAGAGCAGUAAUGGUGGUUUUCCCGGUUGGGAACCCCAAAGAGCAUUUCGUUGGUUGGAGUACCUUAAUCCCACAGAGUUUCUUGAAGAUACUCUUAUUGAGCGAGAUUAUGUAGAAUGCACUUCUUCAGCAAUUCAGAGCUUGAUACUCUUUAGGAAGCUUUUUCCACGACAUCGGAGAAAAGAAAUAGAUAGUUGCAUAUCAAAAGGAGUGCGUUACAUUGAAAAUACACAAAAUCCAGAUGGUUCAUGGUACGGACGUUGGGGAAUUUGCUACACUUAUGCUACAUGGUUUGGGGUAGAAGCGUUGGUAGCUUAUGGAAUGAGUUACAACAAAAGUCCUUCCUUGCGAAAAGCUUGUCAGUUUUUACUCUCAAAGCAACUGCAAGAUGGUGGAUGGGGCGAAAGUUACCUUUCAUGCCAAUAUGAGGUAUAUACUAAUCUAGAAGGCAAUCGUUCAAACGUGGUCCAAACUGCAUGGGCAUUGUUGUCCCUCAUUGUUGCCGGGCAGGCUGAAAUCGAUCCGACACCAAUACAUCGAGGAAUGAGAUUAUUGAUCAACUCACAAAUGGAAGAUGGUGAUUUUCCACAACAGGAAGUAAAUGGAAUGUUUAUGAAGAAUUGCGUGCUCAACUACUCAUCAUAUCGAAACAUCUAUACUAUAUGGGCUAUGGGAGAAUAUUGUAGACGUGUUUUAUGCUUACUAUAA